GGGGCGCCAGCUGCACCGACUCUCAGCCGGACUGCGAGACAUGUGGCUGAGAGUUUCUGAAAGCUGCGCUUCGAAUUUAGCCAAAAACAAGUCCCGGAUUGUGCGAUCCGUUAGUAUUUCUCAGCCGCAGCUCGGACGCUAAAAACAGUCGAUUUUGGCGCAAAAUCAGCCGCGGCAGCACUUCGAGGUGAGUAACGACACUUGUUAUUGGUCAACUGGAGCUAACGGCUAACAGGCUAAAAGCGACGUAAGCAGGUGCUGUUGUUCAAAGCAGAUAGUUAGCUUCCCAGCUAGCUAACUUAUGACCUUCAGUAUAAUGAUCACGGCUGAUAUUAGACGGUGUUCCGUCAAAGUUUGCAGCCGUGCUAACAACAGACAGCUAGCUUCCACGGAGCUAUGUUUUUAGCUGGCGUUAGCUGCCUAGCUAACGUAACAACAGGCUGGAUUAUUUUCUCCGCUGUCGUGUUGGCUCUGCUCUGCUCUGCUUGAUCAAGUUGGUGCUAAUUUUAUGUCUCAAAGAAGGAGGAGGAGGAGGCCGUGCUGCCUCACAACAGUAGAAAGAAAGAGACUCCCUGCACACCCAGCUGAUAUUUAGUUACAACACUUAGCUUAUUUUAUAUCAGAGAGGGUGAGCAUACGGGGAAAUAAAAACGGUAAAUUACUGUCAAUCUUUUCAACACACUGAGUGGAUUUCACAUCUUUAACACCUCCUUUAAUGAAUGAAUGUUGUUAAACCCCAAACAUGGGUCUAAAUCAGUUACAUAGACGGUGAUUUAAUGGCCUGUGCUAGUUUUGAAACUCACCCUUUUACCUGUGAUUACACACCUGUGGUUACAUAAGUCCCUCACAAUGACCACUGCAGGCUUCAGGGAUGUCUUUGCUCUCAGUCCUGACCUGUAUUUGUCAUUAUUGAGUAUUCUGCCAGAUCAUACAGUUGCAUACCGUUUUUGUUUGUCCAAUUAAAUUACCACAUAAAUUAACAUAUUUCUACAAAGCCUGAGUCCAGUCAAUAUAUGAUUGUACAACCUGUUAUGUUAUGCUCAUGCACGUUUUUAAAGUCAUAUUCCACAUAUUUUUGCAUUUGAAGCUUAAAAAAUUGUAAGGGACAACCUACCAUAAAAUUUUUAAUGACCCCGGCCGAUAGAGAGCAUUUAAAAGCAGAAAUCACACUUCAUUUCAAACACCCUAAACAUGAGUACAAAAAGGCCAUUGGUGCUGUGGUGCGUUGAAAUCGUCCUUAAAGGGAUAUUCCAGCGCAAAAUUAAGUUAGGGUCAAACACACCGCAACGCCAAGUUACACACCCCCUCCAGAGAUGAAUGUUGCCGACCGCUUGCUUCUCUAGUUAUACCAACUUUAGUAACAACCGCAGAUAGCAACACAGAGAGCCACGCGCUCAAACAAAACACCACUCUAUAGCAACAAAUAAUGCUCAGAACAGCACCUAACUUCAUCAACAGUACAUAUAGGGUCCCAGCCAUUCUUUAGCAAAGAGACUAAACACAACUCACCUACUCUCCUCCAGCAGCUGCUUGUUUGUGCAGAGGCCUUCGGGCAAGUCCAUCGACUGCAGCGGAGUUUCGCAGCUCAAGGAAGAACAUUGAUGAUCAUUACUUCAUGGAAAUACAAUCAGACUGAGACGCUAAGGCAGAAGAACUACCAUGUCUGCAGUGCAAAAUUAUUAAUAUGAUGAUUAUUACUUCAAGGAAAUGAUAAAGAAAUGAACAUAAAUGUUCUUCCUUGAACUGCGAAACCCCACUGCAGUCAAUGGACUGGCCUGAGGUCUGCUGGAAGAGAGACGGUGAGUUGUGUUUAGUCUCUUUGCUCAAGAAAUUAGGCAAAGUUAAAAAGAUGUUUGGUGUCUAGUACUAUGGCUGUGACCCUAUAUGUCCUGUUGAUGAAGUUAGGUGCUGUUCUGAGCAUUAUUUGUGGCUAUAGAGUGGCGUUUUGGUUGAGGUUUUAAGUCUCCUCAGACCGCUAUGUAUUGCUAUCGUGCGGUCGUUACUAAAGUUGGUAUAACUAGAGAAGCAAGCGGUCGGCAACAUUCAUCUCUAGAGGUGGUGUCUAACUUAGUGUUACGGUGUGUUUGACCCAAAAUUAAUUUUACGCCGGAAUAUCCCUUUAAGGGUUCCAGUGAAUUUUUAUAGGCCAUGAUAAAGAACAUUUAAAAGGACAAAUCACACUUAAUUUCAAACACCAUAAACACGAGUAAAGAGAAGGCCAUUGGUGCUCUGGUGCAUUAAAAUCGCUCUUAAACUGCCUGAUCUGAGUGACGUUUAUAGCUCUGCUCAGAACGACAGAGUUUAACUUUCAUAUUCAGAGACUUGGAUAAAUCUCAAAUCUGAAAUAUAGUGUCAACACAGCUGGACUUACUCAGAGAGUUGGUGAAAACCUUCGUUCUUCUCUGUGGAGAUUAGCUGGUUUCAUCCACCUUCUCUGUAGUCUUUUAGUCCUUUUGACUCUCUUCAGGAUAUUUAGUCUGUAUUUUAAAGCUCAUGUACUGUUUCAGCUGAAUGAAAAGUGAACACUCCUGAAAAGUAUGUUCACCCUAAAGUCAGGUGAACAUACUUUUGGUUUGCAAACUAGUUUGAAUCAAACGCAGAACGGCUCCUGAAGAAUUAGAGCCGGACUACAGACAACCUCUUCAUGAGUAACAGUUUAGGGUCACAGUCGAAGGCAGUCCGAUCAUAAUAUUGACUUAAUAAAGUAAGAAAACCAUUAAAAUAUCAGCGCAGAGUCUGUCUCUCACCUCUGCACUCAAACAGUAAAAAUGAAACGGGGCUGACGACACGGAGCAGGUUUUGGUUUCAGGAUUGAGUUUGUUUAUUUACACGCCUCUUCUCCAAGAGUCCGGAUCUCUCUUUGUGAAGUCUGACGUUAUGAAUCACAGCGUUUAAGUUCGUAUCAAGACAUGUACGCAUCCCUUUCUGUCUGUGCAUGUCAGACUGACCUGAUGGGAGACUAAAAGGUGAACAGUCAGACAGAUGUUUGGAUCAUGACCUUUGAGCUUUUAUUUCAGUUUUACAUCCACAACAACGUGCAUAACUUCUAUGACAUUUUCUGACGUCCAUUUCUCUUUCCUCUCUGUGUUGAAGUGUUGAUCAGGACAGGCCGGGGCCGACAUGACUGGACCAGGAAGUGGUGAGUCUUCGCACUGACGGCACAUUAAGGUUUCAUGUUUCCCAGAGCAGGAUACAGAGAUCUAAAUCUAUUAAAGCGUACUGCACCUUUACUGUAACAAACUGACUCGAUGUCCGUCCUGUGGGUGUAGGUGGUCAGGGCCCGCCUGAUGGGACAGACCCCGAGGACGCAGAGCGGUGCCCCAUCUGCUUGGGCGUUCUGGCAGGAGGAGAGCUCGCCAUGCCUGACAGCUGCUGCCAUGUCUUCUGCCUCAGAUGUCUCCUCACGUGGGCAGAGGUAACGCCGAUCAGUCCAUCUAUGUAAAAACAAAGAGUUGAGUUUGUUCGACGAGGAGCUCUUUCAUCGAGUUUUCCGGGUCUGUCUUUGAGUGACCCGCUUACACUUUGUCGUAAAUCCACGUGAACAAAACCAGCAGCAUGACUUAUCUCUUCCUGCGUUUCAGACUGAGGCGAGCAGGUGAGGUGUGAGGCACGACACAGCGGUAGCCUCAAAACACAUUUUUGAUCAGACAGGGCUCGACAGUGCGACCGGAGAACUCGCAUUUGCGACUAAAAAUAGAUGUGUGUGUAAAAUAAAAUAAAAAUCAGCUGGGGCAACAAAUGUUUUUUUUUUUUCAUGUAAAUACUGCGGUGAAGUUAGUGUUAGGUUAGAUAUUUGUCCUCAGAAGAUUUUGUGUGAAAUUUAAAGGCAAAUUUUGAACAUUUUCUUCAGUAGCUUCCAUAUCAUGUGUCCAAAAGAACUGAAAUUGAUUUCUAAUAAUAAUACUAAUGUUGACCAAUGAGACACACUUUCUUUGAUCAAUUUUCAUCGUGCCCCUAAAAACAGUUAGAGUCUUUUCGGUAAGUUUCGUGUUGUUUGUCAGUUGCAGGUGGCUCCGUCCUGCCCGGUGGACAGACGACCUUUCACUAAUGUUUACAAAUGGGACGGAAACCUGAACUGUGUCCAGGUCAGUAAGAAUGACGUUCGACUUCAACCUGCUGCAGAUCUGGUUGUAAUUUCAACUAACCUGCAUGUGACAAAGUUUGUUUCUGUAAAGUGGACGUUUCUCUUCCCCUGAGUGUGUUUGUUUACAUCGUUACGUAACGUUCAAAGUGAUAUUCACAUGUUUUCUAGUUUUCUAUUUGAGCAUGUUGAACGGCUCGUACUACUUUAUUUAAUGUUGGCUUUUUGAUGCAACACAACUGCAAUGCACAGUCUGGUCUUUGGCUGAAUAAUGUAAAUUAUCGGCUGCAGUUUAGUUUGAUGUCUCUGUCUUUUGUUGUUUGAAGGUUCCUGUAAGAAGAAGAGUGACUCAACCUGAAGCUGAAAGUUGCUGCUGUAGAAACCCAGAACAGAAAGUCUGUCUCAAGUGAGUCUCUCAGAAGUUUGUUUGGUGUUACCCUGAACUCUUAAGUCCAAGUUAGGGGGUUCACAGGUUCUUACGUAGGUGACUUGAUGUUCCACCAAUACAGAAGGUCCUGGCAGGUGAAUGAGACUGAAAACUCUCACAGAGGUUUCUUAGAAGAUUCAUGUUGCUGUUCAGAACUGAAACUAGAACAGAAACUUUCGUGACUUCUCGAAUCCAGAAUUCUUAGAAAUUUCUCGAUACUUUUAAAACCUCUUUGGAGAGGAGGGAGACUUCUGAUACGAGAGACCCUGGACCUGAAUUUGAUGUUUUUGACACACACUGUCUUUAGGUUUUUACAGCAGAUGAUAUUUACAGAUGUCCUCCUUCUUGAAAUCCUUCGCUGUCCACUGUAUGAGAAAUAAAAGAUUUUACUCUCUGGUCUUAGAGAACGAGAGGAAAACUAAGAAAAAGUGAUUGCUAGACAUUAGAGGAAGUAUAGAACUGGACUUCCAAAAUUCAGUCUUAAGGUUACACCUCGAUCAUACUGACGGGGAAAUAGGGCUGGGCGAUAAACAAAAAAAUUUACCGAUAACGAAAUUUACGACAACAACUGACGUCAUUUUGCCCAUAUUGGUAUAGUCGGUGUCAAAAAACUAAAUAAAUAUAAGUUGUUUUUGGAUGUGUGUAGGUAGGCUAUGGUGUCAUGUCUCUUUAAGACGUUGUCCUACAUCAGAGACGUGACUCCGCCCACAUCCAGUCCGUAACAAAGAGGGAAAGACAGGUGAGGAGAUGGAGGACGGUUCAAAAGUUGUAGCGGCUGAAGUAGACGAAGUUAAUGUGGGAGGGGGUGAGCAGCUUGUGGAGUAGUUAUCGUCUAUUUAUCAUUAUCAAGGUGAACUGAUCAAUAUAUUGUGAUAUUGAUUUGAGGCCAUAUCACCCAGCCCUAAGAGAAAGUGUCAAACUGGACGUCCAAAAGUUUGCGCCUCGAUCAUACUGACGGGUAAAAGUCUGAGUCAGCGGUUCUCGGGUGAACUUUUUCAGGAACUGUUGAUUUUGAGUUGAACUGAGGUUUGUUUUCAGAAGUAAGUCUGUCAGAAGAUUAAGACGGCAGAAAGUGGAGAGGACGGCGGAUAACAAGACAAAAGGACUUGUGAGGAAAUGUAUGUGAAACUUUUUCCUUCAGAAAUUCGUGGCGUGACUCUUAAACUUUAAACGUUGAUAACAGUCUGUCACUGUCCUCUCCAGGUAACGAUGAAGACCCGUCCUCACUCAGCAGGAAAAAGGUCUUUACAAAAGUUUCUUCUCAUUACACCUUAACCAUAUUUACAUGUAAUCUGAAUGUUCGUCUCACUGGUGUUCGUCGUUUGCUCUCCAGGUGAGGGGAACAGAGUGCUGCGUUUGGUCGCCCUCCUGUGACGUCGCACUGACCACGACGUCCGUUCAGGACGUGUAAGUGUUGCUUUCUGGUCUGACCAAUAAUGCAAGGAUUUGGAAAACCUCCUAAACCCUUUUCUCCUCCUUCUCCUCCUCCUCCUGCAGUGCAGAGCCGGUGUGGAUCCAAGGAGACAUGCAGUAUGACACCCUGUUCAAAGCGUGCAGACCCCAGACGCAGCACUGCCCGUGGCUUUCUCCUGCCGCCGCCAUCCCUGCGAACGGCAUCUCAAGGUACUCAAUCUGAUCUUCGGUGACGGUUUGAUCAGGCUCCUGUUGUCCAGUAUCAGAUAAGUGGACUGUCUACUGUGAACCUGCUCUUUUGCUUCGGUUGUUUUGUCCUACAGGCCGAGUUUUCAUCCUGCUGGUUGGACCCGCGGUCCGUUUCCAUUUGGGAUCCCCUCGUCUCCCUUUACCUCUUCUUCACCGUUGAGCCCUGGUCAUUUCGGUACGUGUCCUCUGACAGGUCCUGGGUUUGAAGUGUUUUUGAAUGAGAACUUAAAUGGGUCACGAAGGGCCUGUGUCCAUUAACGGCUUUAUUUUGCACCUGUUUUCUUCACCAAACUAACUCAGCCUUAAAGGGAUAUACCGGUGUAAAAUUAAUUUAGGGUCAAACACACCAUGACACCAAGUUAGACACCCCCUGACAGAUGAAUGUUACUGAGCGCUUGCUUCUCUAGUUAUACCAACUUUAGUAACGACCGCACGAUAGCAAUACACAGCAGUCUGAGGAGCCAUAAACAAACCUCAACCAAAACGCCACUCUAUAGCCACAAAUAAUGUUCAGAACAGCACCUAACUUCAUCAACAGGACAUAUAGGGUCACAGCUAUAGUACUAGACACCAAACAUCUUUUUAACUUUCUUUUUAACUUUCUUUAGCAAAGAGACUAAACACAACUCACCUACUCCCUUUCAGCAGCCGCUUGUUUGCAUGGAGACCUCCGGGCAAGUCCAUCGACUGCAGCGGAGUUUCGUAGCUCAAGGAAGAACAUUUAUGAUCAUUUCUUCAUGGAGAUGCGAUCAGACCGAGACGCUAAGGCAGAAGAACUACCGCGUCUGCAGUGAAAAUGAUUAAUAUGGUGAUUAUAACUUCAAGGAAAUGAUAAAGUAAUGAUCAUAAAUGUUCUUCCUUGAGCUGCGGCACCCCGCUGUAGUCCGUAAUGGACUGGCCUGAGGUCUCCCUACAAACAAGCGUCUGCUGGAAGAGAGUAGGUGAGUUGUGUUUAGUCUCUUUGCUAAAGAAAUGUGUCAAAGUUAAAAAGAUGUUUGGUGUCUAGUACUAUGUCUGUGACCCUAUAUGUCCUGUUGAUGAAGUUAGGUGCUGUUCUGAGCAUUAUUUGUGGAUAUAGAGUGGCGUUUUGGUCGAGGUUUGUUUAUGGCUCCUCAGACCGCUGUGUAUUGCUAUCUGCGGUCAUUACUAAAGUUGGUAUAACUAGAGAAGCAAGCAGUCGGCAACAUUCAUCUCUCGAGGGGGUGUCUAACUCGGUGUUGGGGUGUGUUUGACCCUAAAUUAUUUUUACGCCGGAAUAUCCCUUUAAUUCAAACAUUUGACGUCUGCUUUGUUAUGAUUCUUUGUUAUGAUUCGUAACGCUCCUCUCUCACAGUCUUUCAGGGUGUCAUCUGCGCCAUCACAUGUCCCAAAGGAGGAGAGAAGAGAGGCGGCCGAGGUUCCACCUCCAAAGCUCCCACCAAAGAGCCCGAGACUAAACCGUCCAGGAGAUCAGGACGUAACAGCAAAGCUCAAGAGGAGGCGCCUGCGUCCGAUCCAUCGCCACCAAAGUCCAUGUCGUCAGACUCUGACUCGUCUCCCGGCCCGCCCGCCAAGCAGGGUCGAGCUUCUCAAGCGCCGGCCAAGAGGAAAGGCAGACAGGUAACGAACCGGAAGGCGAGCGGGAAACGGAAAACACCAGCGAGGAAGAAGAAGUCUCCUGAAGUCCUGAGCAGCCCUGCGGCGAGCGAGGAGGAGGAGGAGGAAGAGGCUGAGAGGGAUGAGAGCGCAGAGAAGGAGGAAGAGGAAGAAGAUAAAACCGAGCAGGAGCAGGCUAAAGAGAGCGCCGAUGAAGACCAGGACGUCUCCGCUGACGAGGCUUUGAGCAACGAUGUGACACAGGACAGCGAUGAAACUCAGGAACAAUCAAACGAUCACGAACAGAAACCAAACGAUGGAGACAGCGACCUCUCUGCUCCUCACAGCCCGGAUCUUACCGACUCCGAGGUCAACCACCGGGAGGACGUGGAAGAGCCGGGAAGUCCCGAUUCCCCCGUGGAGAAGGAGUCUGAUGAUGAUGAAGGCGUUUCACCGUCACCCCCCGGCUCUCAGAACGCUCAGACGGAGACCCUGAGGUCCCCGCAGAGCGACGAGCAGUCGGAGCAGGAAGACGACAUGGAGGUUUGUGCGGAGACGGAAGAUUUGAACAAUGAAGAGUCCGUGAAGGAAGUGAGAGCCGAGGACUCUCCAGAACCGCCUUCACCUCCUGCUGAAGAGUCCGACAAUGACGACUCAGUCCCAGAAACGAACGCCGCUGUGGACGCCGGGUCGAAAACACCCCCAGAAGAGGAGCCGACGGCGGCUGACAGCUCAGUGGGAGGAGCUAAGGAUGACAGUCCAUCCAACGAUGAUACUCAAGAGGUCCCCAUGGACUGCAGUUCACCCAACAGCGACUUCGGUAUCGACGCUGGCGCUGUGGAGGAACCGCCGAAAGAGAUCAGUGACCCGGUUCCUGCUGAACCGACCGUGUCCACGAGCCAAGAAGCCAAGGACGAGAGCGACAGGAACCAAUCAGAGCGAGAGAGGAGCCCAGAGAGGAAGAAUGGCAGGCAGAGGCGAUCUCGCUUCCACUCCCCGACCUCCACCUGGUCGCCCAAGAGGGACUCCAAGAGAGACUCGUCCAGGCGCUCUCGCUCACGGUCCAGAGAGCGGGACGGCAGCCCGCCAUCGAGCCGCUCCUCCCGUGCUCGCAGUAGAGAUCGAGACAAGGACAGAGACGCCGAGAGAGACUAUUCGAGGAGAGAGCGGAGUCGAGAGAGGAGGCGGAGGAGGUCGAGGAGCCGCUCCAGGUCGAGGUCACGAUCUCGCUCCAGGUCACGAUCAAGAACGAGGUCCCACAGACGAGGUCCCAGCCCGGAGCGGCCGUCUUCAAGAGAGCAGUCCCCCCAAAGGAAGGAGCGGAGGAGCGGCUGGAGGUCCGGACAGGGAAGUGGAUCAGGUAGUGAGGGGCGGAGGCAGCAUGGAGGCGCUGGACGCUUUGAGAACGGGGUCCCUACAGAAGGUUCUCCUGAUCGCCAAGGCUGGUCGGAGAAUCCGGACUGGGUCACCGAAAAGAGCCGCAGUGAAGCUGACGGCAGGAACCGGGACUUUGGCUUCAGCGGCGGCUCACGCUGGGAAGAUAAUCGCAAUAGCGGCGGGAACAGAGGGGACUCUCGGGGGCGCGGCGGGCGUGGAGGGUUCGACCGCGGUCGUGGGGCAGGGAGGGGGAGCGGCGGCGGCAGCAACGUCCGUGGUUUUUACAAUCAGCAGGAGGAAUCAGCCGACAACCGCUGGCAGCCCAGAAACAACUUCUCAGGUACAGGCAACAAUUCAGGGAACGACGCGUACAGCCGCUUCAACGAGAACCGAGGCGGAGGACGCAGGAAGGAGGCGGAGUCAGGAGACUCCAUGGUGGACCGAUCAGGCUGGUCUUCUGCAUCCAGCUGGGCCGUCAGGAGGACUCUACCUGCAGACGUUCAGGAUUAUUACUCCAAGAGGGAAAGAGGAGGAGCAGGAGCCUGGAACCGACAAGAGGAGGAGCAGCCGGCAGCGACAGCAGGUAACGACCUCCUCCGUUUCUUCUUCUUCUUCUUCUUCUUCUUCUUCUUCUUCUUCUUCUUCUUCUUCUUCCUCUUCAUGAGCCAAAUCUCAUUUUUGUUUUUCUUGUCCCUCAGAUCCCCCUAAAAGCGACCCCCCUCCCCAGGUGGUCCCAGGUAACGCGCCGGUCCCUGUGAUGAACGUGAUUCCCCCUCAGCUGAACGUCCUCCACCAUCACUACCCGAUGCAGGGACCGCGUGGAGCCCUGCCCGUCAGCUUGCAGCCUGCCGCCCCGUACGCCAUGCCUCCUCAGGUCCCCGUGCACCUCCACCCGGCUGUCCCGCUGCUCCAGGUCCCUGCCGUAGGUGCUCAGGGCCUUCCUCCUCCUCCCCCACCUCCUCCACCCAUGCAGCAAGGCAGUCAGACAGCUGCAGCUCAGCCUGACGGUCACAUGACGCAGGUACAGUCCAGAUACUUUUUUAAAGUUACUUAAAGCUCCUGUGGGGAGUUUUUCUGACUAAUACCCUUUUCCGCAGAUGGCGAGCACAAUGGCGGCUUAUGGGAAACCUGCCCUUCUUCCCACCCCAACCAAACCUGGUGUUGCCGUGGUGACCCAGGGCCAUCCAGCACCCAGCCAGGUGCUGCCAUCCUCCACUACUCAGCCCAGCCAGCAUAAUAAGGCCCAAGCUGACAGCUCCAAAAAGGAGAAGGUAAACCGCCAUCGCCUCGUCUGAACUGAUCCGUCAGUUUUCGAUCAAUAAUUUUAAUCUGGAUGAACUUUUCCUCUUGGUUUAGAAACAACAGAUUCAAGAGAAAGCUAUAAAUGAAGUGAAGACAGCCAUCAAACCCUUUUACCAAAGGAAGGAAAUCACGAAGGACGAGUACAAGGAGAUCGUCCGCAAAGCGGUGGAGAAGGUAAGAACACACGAGCGUCCGCUGCUUACCUGUUAGUGAUCUGUUCGUACAUCUGAGCGGUUUUAUAGGGAUACUGCAGCAGAUCUCCUGUUAGAAACAACUUUUCAAACAGGAGAUUCGUGAUUUAAAGCAAUUUUUUCUUAAUAGGAAGGAUGACUUUAGAGGAUUAGACGAGAACCGUUGCUUUUAGAUCUGAUCAGAAUCAGAAUGCCUUUUAUUGUCAUUAUACGCAGUACAAUGAGAUUAAAGCCACCCAAAUCAGUGCAAGACAUUAUAAAAAGAUAGAUAAAAAAUAUAGAAAAAUAUGAAACUAGAUUAAUAUGAAGUAUAUACAAUGUAAACGUGUGGACCUGAGAUUCUUUUGACAGGAUAAAUAUGGUACGGAUGUGCAUAGGUGUAAAUAUGUAACAGUAUGAAAUAUAAAGUGCACAGUUCUGAGAUUCCUGUUGACAGAAUAAAUACAGUCAAUGUACAGAAAUAGCAUAAUGUAAUGUGCAGAUAAGUGUAUAUUGUCCAUGAUCUGAUCUGGACGUGUUCGCUCCAGGAAACGCGUUAAAAGACUCUUUAAGAUUUAAGCUGAAGAGAGUGAAACUCUGGACAUGCAUGUGGGGCAGCUGUGCAGGACUCUAGUCUCUGCAGGUUUUUAUUAUUUUCUAUCCCACUCUUCUUAUCUGAAACGUCUAUAAAGCCUUCUCCAGACGCGCUCUGGGAAAUUUCAGGGCCUCCACCCCUUGCAGAGAAUUAUACAGAAGAUUUUCUGCUCAAUUAUCUCAUGAACUCACCUGGAUUUAACCCCACAAUGAUACUGAGGGGUUAGCAGGACUUAUUCCAGGUGAUGUCCGGCUCAUCCAGGUAAAAUCUGGAAAUUUUCAGGAGCUUCAAAAGGGGGCUCAAGGUCAUCUCUUACUGUUUGUGUUUUACUUUGCUAAAAGUAUCGACACCCUGAUAUGUACAUACUAGGGUUGGGAAUCUGAGGUGUAUUACCAAAACGAUACACAUCUCAAUACGAUGUGUCUGAUCUGAUAUAUAUAAAAAUACAUGUGUGGCGUUAUAUGAUGCAAUAUGAUACGAUUCAGACUCAAACCACGAUGCAGAGCUUCUCUUUGGGCUUUGCUCAGUGACUUACAUAUCUAUCUUCUAACUUUGUCAUAGAGGGAAGGGAUCUGCUUUUCGUAGAAUAUUGCUUCCGGUUUGGUAUUUUAAAACAAGGCUCUAAGACACGGAGGAGAUGUUUGAAACGUUCGUUUUCUGUUACACUGUGAGGCUAAAUAAGGCUGGGCGAUAUGGCCUCAAAUCAAUAUCACGAUAUAUUGAUGAGUUCACCUUCAUAACGAUAAAUAGACGAUAACUACUCCACAAGCUGCUCACCCCCUCCCACAUUAACUUCGUCUACUUCAGCCGCUACAACUUUUGAAUCUCCUCACCUGUCUUUCCCUCUUUCUUACGGACUGGAUGAGGUGGAGUCACGUCUCUGACGUAGGACAGAGACCACAGUCUACCUGCACACAUCCAAAACCAACUUUUAUUUAUUUAUUUACGACGUCGGUUAUUGUCGUAAAUUUCGGUAUCGGUAAAUUUCAAGUUUAUCACCCAGCCCUAGCGUACGUUGUUGCCAUUAAGCAUGUUAAAGUUAUUAGCAUGCGGGGCGUGGAAGAAUUUUGCAAUACUUCGUUCACCACUUUUGGAGCUGUCGGCGAAUCCGAGCUGGAAGCAGCGGAAGCGGGGGCGCUAGCAGACCCCUCCACGACAACACUGCAGCGCCGACUUACCAGGUUAGUCGUACUGUCUGUAUUUUACAGCAGACACAGCGGAACAGUUUGCAAAUCUGUCUGGUCAAGUCGUCCGUCUUUCUUGUUGCCAAACGUUAGAUAUACAACUCAGAGGAGGUAAAUUUGCUCAGCGUCUGACAUCUUUGUUUACCUUAAUCACUGCCAGUAUUCAUCCGCGAAGCUGAUACUUUCGUUCGUAGUGUACACCUGCAAGUCCAAAGAAAUUAUGUCUUCAAAACAGUUUGGUAACAUAAGUUAAGUAUUAAACUGAUCGGAUUGUACCGAUACAAAUAUAUAAUACACGACGAUGCGACGAUACAUCUCACUGUGCUAACAAAACUGCAUUCACUCUUGCGUGACCGCGUAUCGAUACGUAUCGGUUAAUCUUCUCAUGCGUAGUCGAUAUGCAAGAUUAAUUCUGCAUUGUAAGAAAAGGAUAAACGGUAGAGGAUCAGUGUGCACAAAGUUGAGAUAUGUAUCACGAGAACCUCCUGCACAUUUCUGGUGAGAAUUCAGUCGGUGAUCUGGGAAACAGCCUGAAAUUUCAGAUGAAUCCAACGAGCCGCUUCACACCUGUUGUGUUGUUUUUUUCCCUCAGGUGUGUCACAGCAAGAGUGGCGAAGUGAACGCCAGUAAAGUCGCUAACCUGGUGAAAGCCUACGUGGACAAAUACAAGCACGCCCGCAAGAAAUGAACCCCCCACCCUGCUGUCGGCGCGGCGAUGCCCUCACAGACCCAUUCAGCUGCUCAAGUGCAAUUUCCUCAAGCUGGAAUUCGGCCUCCUCGCUGAAAGAGGACGGAGAGCCGAGGUUUUCUUUUUUAAUAUCUACCUUUUACUGAAUGAAGAUUUUUUUCUAGAGAUUUUCAUAUUUUGUUAGAAAAAUAAUUACUCAAUCAGAAAUUGUAAUGCAAGAGCCCUUUAUUUUGCAUAGACCUUGUGACUUGGGGAACUACUGUAAUGAGGGCAGGGGAGCGUGGGGGUGGGGAGGGGAGGGUGGGACUGUUGAUAAUAAAGAUGCAACGCUCAGUGAAUAAGGACAGCUCAUGUAGUGGAGAGCCUCUCCGAGGACGCCGCUUCGAUGGCGUCCUGAUCAUGUAGCUUCUUAACUGAAUAUUGUCUUUUUUUUUCUUCUUUAAAGUCUAAUAUUUCAGAUGAAAGCCUAGUUUAAAAAUCAAUGCAUUGCCUUUAUUAACUGUAUGUGGCCCGAUAAAAGGGCUGAAAUCUGGUGAGUGUGAUUGUAAUCAGGGCCCUGAUUGGUCGAGGAGACGCAGGACCAAUCGGCAGUGAGUGUGUUAUGUAAGGCACAGGUCCCGGGGGGCAGAUCUCCAGAGAUUGACCCCACCCCCUGCCUGAAUGUGUAAUAAAAAUGUCCAUGGGUGAACAUGAACGUUGCAAAGUGUCCAGAGAGUAGUGAAAUAAAUUAGCUGCUUCCUGA